CACAUUGCAUAUUUUACUUACGCCGUCAUUUCCUGCGUCAUCUAUGCUAGCGCGCUAGAUCCUGCGGUCUUUCCGGUUCUCAAUAGACAUCCAUCAAGGAGAAGACAUGGGAGAAGUACCCGGGACCAGAUAAGACAGCAGAAAGCAAGGCAGACCCUGAGCUCACAGAGGUCUGAGUGGAGUCUAAACAUGGUCUAAUGGACCGACGGUUUUUGCUGACCUUCGUCUUCUGUUCAGUCUCGUGGAUUUUCUUCUGGGAGGUGCGCUGGAAGAAAGGCAAGGAAAGUCAGAUUGAAGAAUGGCUCCAGAGACGCAGCCUAUCCGAGUACAAGUAUUUAUUUGAAGAUGUACAGACUCUGGAGGAGCUGAGUUUAUGUGUGCUUUCUCGGCUGGAGGAAGUGGUAAAGGAAAACCAUCACUGGAGGGAGAUAACAGAGGCCCAAGUUCAGCUGCUCAGAGACUUUGCUUUCCAGGAGUGGCUUUGUUCUCAGAGCCUGGAGCACUACUAUCACACCUUGAAGACCCUGGGCUGCACUACCCUGGAUGAUCUAGCACAGUUUGACAGCCAGCUUCAGCUUUCUCUAGCAGCUUGGGGCUAUUACUAUGAGGAUUACAUCAAACUGUCCACAGGUGUGAGGGUCCUCCAGGCAUCUAAGGGAAGUAGAGAUCAAGAAUACGAGAUUCAGCUGGUACACUGCCUUGCUGAGAGGCGGCUGAAUGAGAAGUGGUCUUUUGCAGGAGCCCUGAUAUUUGGCUGUACCAUUGCCCUGUGCUUUCUGAUAAGGGACCUCAUGUUUUACGUGAUUGGUGGAAUAACUGUUUCCAUCAUCGCAUUCGUCUUUACCAUCAAAUUUCUGUGUGAGCUUGCUGCUCGUGUGGUCAGCUUCUUACAGAAUGAUGACCCUGCCCGACAUGGGGACCGCAGUAUCUAUGACUAUGUACGGGGUAAUUAUUUGGACCCACGCUCAUGCAAGGUCUCCUGGGACUGGAAAGAGCCACAGGAAGUGGGUCAAACCAUGAGUUUCCGAGUGCAGCUUUUUUACAAAAAUGGCCAGCCUUUUCCUGCACACAGACCUGUGGGAUUGAAGGUGAACAUCACUCACAUAGAGCUGGCUUUAGAAGUCCCUGUGACCCAGGAGGUCCUCCAGGAGCCAGAGUCUAAUGUAGUCAAAGUGGCCUUCACUGUGCGUAAGGCUGGACGUUAUGAAGUAGCUGUAAAACUUGGAGGCCUGAAUGUGGCUUACAGCCCUUACUACAAGAUAUUUCAACCAGGUACAGUGGUGCCAUCCAAAACAAAGAUAGCGUAUCACUUCUCAACACUGGUUCUGACUUAUGGCCAGCAGCACACGCUGCAGAUAGAACCACGGGAUGAAUAUGGCAACCCCACCAGUAACUCUGUCUCACUUGUGGAUGAGGUCAAUUACAGCAUGAAUGUCCACCCAUUGGGCACAGUGGAUGAGGAGAGCUCAGAUGAUUGCUACAGCACAUCGGUAUCAUCAAACAAGCCACAGUGCCAAGUUCUGAUGAGGCUUACCUUCAGGAAAAAAGGCUGCUUCAGGGCAUGUAUCUCAUACAGGGACCAGCCCCUUAGCAAUGGGGAGUUUGACAUCAUUGUACUCAGCGAAAAUGAGAAGAACUGUGUGGAGAAAAAUGUAUCUACCCCAGGCAUAAGCAUCUACUUUGAGGCCUACCUCUACAGCAUGGGCACUUACAGUAGUUGUCCUUGGCAGUUUCUAGCUUCCUCCCAGCUUGCCCUGCAGAGACGGCCCUCCAUGGGUGAUGAUGAGGAGGAACAUGACUCCCCUGUAGAGGGGCAGUCAGAGAAGGUCAAGAAACCAAAAAAGGUUUAUUGCUAUAUCUCACCAAAGCAAUUUUCUGUGAAGGAGUUUUACCUGAAAAUUAUUCCUUGGCGCCUUUUCACUUUCCGUGUGUGUCCUGGAACUAAGUUCACUUACCAUGGACCAGACCCUGUCCAUAAAUACCUAACACUGGUAGUAGAUGAUGGGAUUCAGCCUCCUGUAGAGCUCAGCUGUAAGGACAGAAAUAUCAUGGCUGCGACUUUUAUCCGCUUUCUCCACAAGAAUAUUGGUGGAUCAGAAACUUUUCAGGAUAAAGUUAACUUUUUUCAGCGGGAGCUGAGACACAUUCACACCAAGAGACCUCGCACUAAAACCUGCCUGAAAAUCAGCCGUCACUCACUCCUUGAAUCGUCUCUGAAGGCCACACGGAACUUUUCUGUGUCGGAGUGGAGUAAGAACUUUGAAGUUGUGUUCCAGGACGAGGAAGCUCUGGACUGGGGUGGGCCACGACGUGAGUGGUUUGAGCUUAUCUGUAAGGCUCUGUUUGAUACAAAUAACCAGCUUUUCACACGCUUUAGUGACAACAACCAAGGUUUGGUCCACCCAAACGCUGAUCGCCCCCCUCACCUGAGGAUGAAAAUGUAUGAGUUUGCAGGUCGAGUGGUGGGGAAAUGUCUGUAUGAAUCAGCUUUAGGUGGGUCCUACAAGCAGCUGGUACGAGCCCGAUUCACCCGCUCCUUCUUGGCUCAGAUAAUUGGAUUACGAAUGAACUAUAAGUACUUUGAAACUGAUGAUGAGGAAUUUUACAAAACCAAGGUGUGCUUUAUUCUUAACAACGAUGUCAGUGAAAUGGACCUGCUGUUUGCUGAAGAAAAAUAUAGCAAGUCAGGACACCUGGAAAAGGUAGUGGAAUUGAUAUCUGGUGGUGCUCAAAUUGCUGUGACAAAUGAGAAUAAAAUUCACUACUUAAACCUGUUGGCCCAGUACAGACUAGCCAGUCAGGUGCGAGAUGAAGUAGAACACUUCCUUAAAGGUUUGAAUGAACUGGUCCCUGAAAACCUUCUGGCCAUAUUUGAUGAGAAUGAAUUGGAGUUGUUGAUGUGUGGUACAGGAGAUAUUAACGUGCAGGACUUUAAAGCUCAUGCUGUAAUUGUUGGAGGGUCGUGGCACUUCAGAGAAAAGGUUAUGAAAUGGUUCUGGGCUGUGGUGUCAUCCUUCACACAGGAAGAAUUGGCACGUUUGUUGCAGUUCACCACUGGCUCCUCGCAGCUCCCACCUGGCGGCUUCAAUACGCUUUGCCCCUCCUUCCAGAUUAUAGCAGCUCCCACACACAGCACGCUGCCCACUGCACACACAUGUUUUAACCAGCUGUGCCUCCCAACAUAUGACUCCUACGAGGAGCUCCACAAGCUGCUGAAACUGGCCAUCAGUGAGGGGAGUGAAGGCUUUGGUAUGCUUUGAAACAUCUGUCCAGCUCAGGCCGAAACAGAGUUAUCUCCAAACUUCCUUUUUUUCAUGGACAUGUCACCACAGUGUACUUUACAGUGUACUGUAAAGGAAGGACUUUGAUCACAAGAUGCCUCUGGGAGGAUUCAGGAGUUAUGUACAUAUGUAUUUAAAGACUGUUCUACAAAAUGAAAAUGAUAGAUAGUUGCCUCUCUUUCUAUAUGAGUGCAGACAUAAUUAAAUGGCCUACAUAAGUGUCAGGAUGCUUGUUUUGCAUUUGACAUAAAGAGAAUGUUUUUUGUUGUUGUUGUUGUUUUUUUAAGAAAUCUAGUAGACUAAGGGAUGUUUGCAAUGACUGCAUACCCUAUACACUUGGGCCUUAACUGAUCAGGGAAGGUUGUGUAUAUAACUGCUAUUUUAUUCUAUGCUUUAUUUAUACAGUGUGUAAAUUCUCCCUAUAACGUUAAUUUGGUAUUUAUGAAAAAGGGACCUUGGACACAUUAUAAUGGUACCAUCUCUUCUUUUUUUCAUCUUUGUGUGAUUUCCUAAAUUAUUAUUUUGUUUUUCUCAGAGAUGUUCAUACUGUUUCAGUUUCAACUGUUUUGGUAUCAGACAGUUUGUUUCAUAUUUCAGAUAGCUAACUUGCAGAUUUAUCAGAUGUGCUUUUUGCUCUCUUAAAAUAUAAUAAUAUAAUAUGAUUAGAUUUAGCUUUGUAUGUCCAUAAAAAAAGUUAGUUCUAAAAUAUUAUUACAAAGACACAUGUAACCUACCGCAAAACUACUGUUAUUCUGAAAUCUUUGAGCAACAUCUAUGCAUCAUACCAGACAAGACCCCAAACAACAUAUAACUCUGAUUAUUUGUUAUUUUUUUUUAUAAUUUUUGCUUCUUUUGUACAUAAUUGAUGCUGUUUACAUUUUUUUUUUCUUUUAAUGCCGCUACAAAAGUAAAGUCUAUUUGUGAGAGGGAAGAAAACAAUGCACAAUGGCUGACUGUUGAAGAACAAUAGUGAAAUGUUUCCCACUGUAUAGAGCCUGUAACAAUAUUCUAGUGUCUUUUUAUGACCACUACAAACACACUUUCUCUUUUUUUCCAUGUAGAUAUCCUCUUUGGUUUCAUCAUUUCUGUAUAAAAUAAUAAUAAUAAUAAUAAUAAAACGUAAAUUAAUAAUUGAUUAAUUGUAAAUGUCAUAAAAAAUGUGGAAUUGUAAGCCAAAGCAUAAUGUUAUGGAUUAGCACCACUUCAAAGUAAAAUUCAAAUUUUAGUACAGCAUUAAGAAAGGCACUAUAUCAGUAGCCAGAAACAAGGAUCUGGCUACCUAAAGGUCUUGUAUAGCUCUAUAUUCAUCCUUUUCUUACUUUGUCUAAACCACAAUUUAAAGUCUCUUUUAUCAGACUUGUUUAUUUGUAAAACAUUACAUUUGAUUAGGUCUCUUUCACUAAGCAUGUCUAGGCAGAAAUGUGUGCAUAAAAUAUGCGUAUGAACACUGUCACUAACUUUUGUACGAAUAUUUCGCAAAAUAAAUAAAGCUUGCAUACAUAC